AGAACCACCACCAGCAUACACAAGAACCACCACCACCACCACCACCACUAUCAUAGACUCCCAUAGACUCCUUACUGAACCUAAAGUUUGAUCCAGGCUACCUUCUCUGUUUCUCUUCAAAACUUAGAAAAUGAAAUUGGGUACAACGUUACUGCAGCUUCAUAAAUCAGCAACCUUCAGUAAUAAUUGUUCAUUUCUGCAUCAUCGUAUCAUUCUGAGAAGUUAUUAUGGCUCAAGAGGAGGUUAUUGUAGAGAAAUAACACAACUUGAGGGUUUUGUAAGGAUGAAUGUAAGUCUGGAAGGAUUAAAAAGCUUGAUGAUGGAUUGAAAUACUUUGAUCAAUUGAUUCUGGAAAGGCCAUUACCAUCUAGUGGUACAUUUAAUCAUGUAUUGGGAUCAUUAACGAAGAUUAAAUGAUAUUCAGAUGUUAUUAUGUUGUAUAAGAAGCUGAUUUUGCUUGGGGUAAAACCAGAUAUUCAUACACUCAGCAUUUUGAUUAAUUGUUACUGUCAAUUAGGCCAACUGAAUCAUGGGUUUUGUUUGGUUGGAGAGAUUAUAAAGAGAGGUUAUCAUCCUUCUGUUGUCACUUUCACUACACUGAUUAAAGGCUUGUGUAUCAAAGGUGAGAUUGAAUCAGCCUUUCAACUGUUUGCUAAAAUGAUUCACACAGGUAUUCAUCCUACUGCCUUUACGUGUGAUACUCUUAUACAUGGGCUUUGUAGAAUUGGUAAAGUUGGUCGUGCUCUUCAGCUUAAAAACAACAUGGUCAAAUGGAACUGCAUCCCAACUGUUGUUUCAUAUUGUUCGAUUAUAGAUACUCUUUGUAAAGGAGGUCUAGUUGACGAAGCUUUGGUUCUCUUCUCCGAAAUGCUUAGAGAUUCAAAUGGUGUACCCAAUGUAGUCGUUUAUAGUUCUUUGAUCAAUGGACUUUGCAAUUCAGGCCGAUUGAAUGAGGCAAAGAGACUCCUUCAAGAGAUGACAAGUAGAGGAAUCUCUGCCAAUGUAACGACUUAUACUACUUUGAUUGAUGGUCAUUGCCUACAUGGUUGAAGCUAUCCACCCAUUCAAGAAAAUGAAACAAAAU